GAUAUACCCAGCGCAUCUGAUAGCUUCGCGCGGUUCGUGCAGUGCAAUGCAAAUUAGUCACUUUCGCCGGCUGUUAUGAACCAUACACGUGAGAUUUUGACCUUCCAGUUUGGAACAUACGCGAACUAUGUGGGCGCCCACUUCUGGAACCAGCAGGAGGCCAACUUCAGGUAUGGAGACGAGGGCGACCAGGUGUCCGAGGAUCAGCUGCCCAACAAUGAUGUGCUGUAUCGCGAGGGACUGAACCCCCUUAAUCGCACCACCUACACACCCCGCCUUCUGUCCGUGGAUUUGGCCGGAACCCUGGGUCACCUUCCGGUCACUGGGGAGCUGUACGGCAACUUCGUGCAGCGCGAUGAGGAGCUGCUGCCCCUGGGCACCGGCGAGGAGCUGCAGCAGGCUCGCCAGAAGGCGGAGGAAAGCGGGGUGUCCGCGCAGCAUCUGGACGUGCACGAGCAGCCGCCGGCUGCAAUUUCCGAGUACCAGAAAGAUCUGCUGAAGAAUUCCGUGGCGCCCGAAAAGAACUACCAGUUGGCGGAUACGGCAAACAGUUGGGCCGACUUCCUUUAUGCCCGGUACCAUCCACGGACCCUGAAUGUCUUGCCGGGACUGGUCAGGAAUCCGACUGUCCAAGCUCUGGGCACAUACUCCGCCGGAACGGAACAGUGGCAGGAUGUCGCGUUCAACGACGAGUUCUGCGACCGCAUCCGCUUGUAUGUGGAGGAGUGCGACGGCCUGCAGGGCUUCCAUGUGAUCUUUGACAUUGACGAUGGCUUCGGAGGGCUGGCCGGGAAGUGUCUGGAGCACUUGAACGACGAAUACAGUCGGGCCAGCUUUGUGUUGCCGCUGUACUAUCCAAGGGUCACCAGUUAUGCUCAGGCGGAUUCCCGCCUGUCGCACAGCAUUCGAGUGGUAAACAGUGUGAUGAGCUACCACCAUCUCAGCGAGCAAGCUACGAUGUUUACGCCCCUGUCCACGCUGGAGAGCAUCUGGCGAAACAAUAAUCUCAAGUCGCGCAUCCUGCCGGGACUCCAGUGGCAGGCGGACAAUCUCUACCAAACAUCGGCGCUGCUUGCUGCCUUUCUGGACACCGCCACCUUGAGUUACCGCCUGCGGCAAACGCCCGAGUCGUUGUUACGCUUCUGCGAGCGGGUUUCUCCGUCGGGACGGAAGAUGACUGCGGCAGGAAUGGCUCUGCCAUUUGGAUUGAGGGAGGGGCAGGAUCUCAUCGAGUUUCUGGACCAGAGCGGAGAUCGUGCGCUGCUCACACAACUUACGCCUGGCUGCGAGCCGGGUACCUCCUACGUGAUGCAGUCGGUAACAGCUCGUGGCAUUCCCGCAAGUCGUCUGAAGCGUCCCAGGGAGAAGGCCGGCGAGCAACUGCGGAUGGCUGCCUAUGGUUGCGAUAGUGUCUCUCAUAUGCUGCAGCUGUACUACCAGUGCAGCUAUCAUGGCAGUAUCAGCAACGCUGCAUCCACUCCACUGCCGCUGAAGACGCAAUUGCCUUUUCCCUACGAGAUGUUUGGAGGGAACAUCUCAGCUGAUGGCUUCCAUUUGCUUGGAGAUGCUGAACGUGAGUCGGGUACGCGUGUUGAUUCGGCACCCUUGCUGGCCGCCCUGCAGAAUUCCACCAAGUUGGGCGAGCACCUGGACAACCUGCACGCCCAAACGCAUCGCGUGCAGCUUUCGAAGUUGAAAGCGUACUCCAGUUCUAGCUUGGAGCGGGAUGAGUACGAAUCCGCGCUGGAUCAGUUGCUCGAGUUCCGUGACCUCUACACAGACUCGCAGUAUCUUUAGGAUGUGAGAAUCCACUGCUCUGGAGGAACACCAUUUUGUGAUAAGCCAUAGGAUAGUAAACACACACAAAUGCUUGUGAAAACUAAGUGAACUGUAGCUCUUAACUGAUAUCCAAAUAAAAUAUUUUGAUACAUAUA